AUGCUCCCCCCUCGUUCCCCUGGGCCGAGAGGGGAAUCCCCGUUACUGAGUGCUGCGUUAUUUGCUGGCCCAGUCUCGAGUGUCCCGUUAUUGAGUGCCCCACCACAGAGAGGAGGUGCCGUACCUGCUGCUGCCAUACCUGCUGGAAGGGGGCAGGAAGGGGGCCUAGUAGCCAGAACGCUGGACCUAUCGGAGGCGAGAGAAUCUAGCCAAUCAGAGGGGAGAGGGAGCAGCCAAUCGGAGGGAAGAGGGAGCAGCCAAUCAGAAACGAGCGGGGCCAGUGAAAGGGAGGGAGCAUGUGGGGGCGGCUUAUCUGCUGGACGAGAAAGAAACCGUUCUUCACAGAGCUACCAGCAGCCACUGUCCCAGCGCUCGCCACGUCAGCACUCUCCUUAUCUGCAUUCGCCACGUCAGCAUCAAGAGAAAGCACCGUCAGGCCUAUCAGGAUUGGGUAUGGAGGACCCUGAGAGUCAAAGCAAGCAGUUGUGGCAAGAGGAAGGGGGGGGGUUCUCCUCAGGGACAUCAGACCACACAUCUGGCCGCCUAUUGGACCGUCUAUCGGACCGUCUAUCAGACCGCCUAUCAGACCGCCUAUCGGACCGUCUAUCGGACCGCCUAUCAGACCGCCUAUCGGACCGUCUAUCAGACCGCCUAUCAGACCGCCUAUCGGACCGCCUAUCAGACCGCUUAUCAAACCUUCCACUAUCAGGCUCGUCUAGAUCGGAGUAUGAGGAGCAGGAGAAGCAGGGGGAGUGGGAGGAACGGAAGGCACGGGAGGAACGGGAGCGGCGGGAGGAGCAGGAGGAGAGGGAUGAGCGCGAGAAGCAGGUGGAAAGGUUUCGACACAUGCUGAUUGCUCUGGCCUGGGCGGAUGCGAUGGGGAAUCGUGCUGCUGCUGCUGCUGCUGCUGCCGCUUCAGCUGCUGCUGCUUCGGCUGCUGCUGCUUCUAGGGGCAUACCACCACCCACCGCGCGGCCCCAACAGCAGCAGCAGCAGCAGCAGCAGCACCAGCAGCAGUGGCCGCAGUGGCCGCAGCAGCAGCAGUGGCGGGAUUUCGAGUCCCCGCCGCCAUCCGACUACGACACUUCCUCCUCUGAUGCCUCCCUCUUCCUGCAAUCACGCUCCCACGCACGCUCCCUCGCCCGCGCCCAAGCCCGCACGAAAGCGUGCGCACCUGCUGCUGCCACCCAUGCACCUGCCACCCAUGCACCUGCUACCCGUGCACCUGCUACCCGUGCACCUGCUACCCGUGCACCUGCUACCCGUGCACCUGCUACCCGUGCACCUGCCACGAGUGCCAAUGCUGCUGUUUCUAUGGAUGCUGUUACGAGCACACCUGCCAGUGCUGCUGCUGCUGCUUCAUCCAUGAUACAACCACGCUCUGAGACGUCUCAGAAGAACUCGUCUGUAGCAGAUGCUGCUGCUAUGGGAACACCUGCUGCUCCUGCUGCUGCUGCUCCUGCUCCUGCUGCUGCUCCUGCUGCUGCUGCUGCUGCUGCUGCUGCUGCUGCUGCUUCAUCCGUGCUACAACCACGGUCUGAGACGUCUCAGAAGAACCCGCCUGUAGCAGCUGCAGUUUCAGCCGUGCUAAAACCGGGUUCCCAAGCGUCCCACGUCUCGUCUACCACAGCUGCUGCUACAGCCAUGCUACAGCCGCUUUACCAGGCGUCCCAAACCUCGUCUGCAGCAGCUGCUGCUACAGCCAUGCUACAGCCACUUUACCAACCGUUCCAAACCUCGUCUGUAGCGGCUGCUGCUACAGCCGCCACACUGCAACCGCUUUACCAGCCGUUUCAAAACUCGACUGCAGCAGUUGCUGCUACAGCCGAGCUACAACCUCCAUCUCGCCUUGCCAGUGGGCGGCAGUUAUCUCUAGACUUGGGCAGGAACAGCAAGUGGGGUGCGGAGGAGUGGAAAGGGGUGCUGGAGGUUUGUUCAGGGGUGGGGGUUGAGAGAGGGUUGGUCGGAAAUGGAAAUGCGAGCAUUUCUCUGGGCGUGGGUUUGCUUGGGCUCGAUUGUUUGGGGCUGGUUGGGAGUGGGGAGAAGGGUGGAGGGGAGGGUGGGGAGAAGGAUGGGGGGGAGUGUGAGGGGCGGGGCAGAGGUGAGGGUGUAGAGAAGGGGGCGUCUACUGCUGCUGGUGGUGGUGAUGGUGCUGCUGCUGUUGCUGGUGCCUCUGGUGCUGCUGCUGCUGCUGCUGCUGCUGCUGCUGCUGCUGCCUCUUCUGCUGCUGGUGCUGUCUCUGCUACUUCUGCUUCUGCCUCUGUUGCUGGUGGAAACGCAGGGGCGUAUUUCGAGUCCCCGCCUUCAUCAGACUACGAAUCGUCCUCCUCCGAUGCCGGUGCUGCCUCUGCUGCUGCAUCUGCGGCUUCCUCUUUUGCUGCCUCUGCCUCUGCUGCCACUCCUGCUGCUGCUGCCUCUGCUGCCACUGCUGCUGCUGCUGCUGCCUCUGCUGCCACUCCUGCUGCUGCUGCCUCUGCUGCCACUGCUGCUGCUGCUGCUGCUGCUGUCUCUGCUGCUGGUGGAAGAAGCACAGGGGCCAACCUCCCAGUCAACCCAGUCAACCCAGUCAAGCCAGUCAAUCCGGGUCAACUGGAGUAA